AUGGUUUCAGAUAUUAUCAAUCUGCAGAAUCGAACUUGGAGUUUGGAUAGGGUGGGUAGUUAUCUGAGUUGGGAAACUCAAGAGCAGAUUCUUGCCAUCCCCAUCGGUCCAUCGGGUCAGCGGGAUAAGCUUGUUUGGCCCUGGACAUCGAACGGUCUAUAUUUAGUAAAAUCUGGAUAUCACUGUUUGCAGUCGGCUCACCGUUACUUAGCACCUGGGAGUUCGCAUUCUUCUCAUUUCAUCUCAAAUCGAAUAUGGAAAGCUGUUUGGAGUGUUCGCACCCUGCCUAAGAUACGCAUGUUCUUAUGGAGAUGUAUGUCCAACGCUAUUCCAACGCGGCUUAAUUUAUUCAAGAGGAAAAUUACUGCCUCUCCUAUGUGCGACCUCUGCGAUCAAUACGAAGAAUCCAUUGAACACACUCUAUUUCUCUGCCCCUGGGCUCAAGCUGUGUGGUUCGGAUCUCCAAUGACGUUAAGAAUUGAUACUCAAAGCUUUAGCACUCUGGAUGUUUGGCUGAAUAAUAUUCUGGACUUGAGAACUGAAUCAAAAAUGGAAAAGCAUGAUCUGCUCGCUAUGUUAAGCUUCUUUCUUUGGGAAAUAUGGAAGACCAGAUGUAAAGCUAUUAUGGAAGGUCGUAGGAUUGAUCCAUGCAAAGUGGUUGAAACAGCAGGUAAGGCAAAGGUGGAAUUUCAGAAAGUGUGGCAAAGUAAUGCAAAUAGUGUGACGAGCCGUUCCCCUUCAAUUGGCGAGGUGUGCUCGUGGGAGCCGCCGCCAAUGGGUUUUGUUAAAGUUAAUAUUGAUGGGAGUUGGCAAAGCAAUGGUAGAAAAGCUGGGGUUGGAGUGGUAAUUCGAAAUUCAGUUGGGGAGUUUCUAGGAGGCUUGGCUGCAUCACGAGUGGGUCACUCUGCUCUUGAGGUAGAGGCUGAAGCAGCUGUCAUGGGGCUGAAGCUUGCGGCCAAUCUUGGCUAUAGUGAUGUCUAA